AUGACGAAGCGAAAAUCCGACACUGGCCCGGUUUUGCCGCGCAAAAGGGCCAGGCUAACGCAGCUUGACGAUGCGUCCAACCCUCAGACUUGCCAUGUCUUCCUCGCGCCGCCACAGCCACUGUCGCCAGUGAUGCCUCCACGACUCGAGAAACGCAAGAGGAAUAGAUCCAAGGAGUUGCAGACCGACUCAGACGAAGAGCCAGGCGCAAAGCGGGCCAGGACGGACCACAACUCAGGCACCAUAACCAGACGCUCUCGAAGCUCGUCUCCAGAGCUGUGGCCAAGCAUAGGAUAUGAACCAGAACAAGAAAGGAAGCCAAACCUGUGGGCAGAGGCGUUUCACAGGGCGUGGAUAGACGCAGAAUCAGUGUGCAGCUGCCAGCCACAGACUGUGCAUCGAAAUCCGCUACCAAGCCCGGUGCCUUCAGAUAGAGACACCAGCGAGCCCGAUGUGGACGAAUAUGCAGCCAUCAACGACACUCCUCUACCGCAGCAUUCUACUUCAAUACCACAACCGUCGCCAUCCCCGAAUUCGCAGCAAACGACUCUGCAUGGCCCGUCUCCGCUCAGAAGGAAACGUCGAAGCUCUCGUCGGCAGUCUGCAAUCCCUUCCCCAGCAUCAUCCCAAGGAAAAGAUUCUCAGCGGCAGCCACGGCAGAAGAGAAAUAGCCGUCGCACAGAUCAGCGGCAAGAAGAUAAUGACCUACCUCUCAUCGAUACCAUUUUACACUCGAGACGGUCUUCUAGACGGAGUCCUGGAUGCGAACUGUGGUAUUUAAACGACAAUGGCAUUGCGUGCGCAGUUACAAACAACAGGUGAACAUUGCAUAGGGAAUCCAACAUCCGAGUACCAGUUGGCUAGAAGGCAUACC